CAGCGAUGUUUUAAACCGCGAAUUGCCCGGCGACUGUCGAGUAAUCCAGGCGACGAGUCUUCCCCGGCGGGAAAAGUUCUAUUUCGCCGCAAACGAUACCGAGCCCCAUCCACUUGAACACACAAAAAUAUCGAUACGAAAAUAUAAACGAAAACACUUUUGGACGAGUAACCAAUAAAACAAGCCACCAUCGACCAGUGAACGCAAUUUCUGUACUAUAUCUUACCACAAGAUAAUGAGAGGAAAAGUCAUCCGAAUCUGGAUCAUGAAAAACCCGGCUGAAUAAUCGCAGAACUUUGGUCCUCAACUGCAAUGCCUGGUACCACCCGGUACUCAGCCACCUUUGAUCGCCCUUAUGAAGAGGAAGAGAGACCAGCCUCGGAUCCUUCCAAUGGAUCUAGGAGGUCCCGAUCCCAGAGCUGGCAGGCGAACAUAGGGGGCGGUGUCAGAUCCUACUCCUCCCUGGGUCAUAACAAGACGCCUCCGCAGAGAUCUUCAUCUACAGACAGCGGAACCAGCAGCGGGACAGAGCAUAUCCCCACGAGAACAGUUUCCAAGACUGUGGUCAAAACGCACAAUAAUCCCUUUCAGUUUGUGAAAGUCGGAUCAUGUCCUCUGUACAAAAAGGCGGAAGAACAGUUGAAAAAAGUGAAAGAAGUCAAGAAGCCCGAUGUUCUUAAAGAAGAGGAAGAAGAGUGGCAAUCGAAUUUAGACAGCUGGAAAUCUAGACGAAGAAAGAUGUCCGAGGAUGUAUUUAGGAGACAGGAGGAAAUUAGACAGUUUGAACAAGAAGAGCAAAACUGCCAAGUUAAUCAAAAGAAAAUCAAGACAUUUUCUGAAAUGGUUGAAUCAAGAGCAAAUAGGGGAAGGACUUUGAGUCUGUGUUUGAUUUCUAGCCCCUUGGAAUUGCAGGAAUGGGAAAAUCAGACUAACAAGAGUAAUUCUAGCCAUCCAUUUUCAGAAGGAUCAGCAGAAAAUAGUGCUGUUAACAGUGAAGAUGAAGGAGUUGCUGAAAAAAGAACAUUUCAGAAAAAUUUAUGGUCAAAUGGAAACAAUGGCAGUUCACUGAAAAAUGACUCGUCAAAUGGUUGUAAAUCUAAGAUGAAUGAAACUAGCUACGCUGAUUCAGGGUUGGAGAGUAUUAGCAGCAGCCACAGAAUGGGGGAUACUCCAGACAGUUGUUCUGAUUUCAGCCAGGACAGUGGUAGUAGCAUAGAUUGCGAUUCACCUAGAGUUUCGGGAUUGCUUCUGAAUGGUGUUAAUAUUCUUGAGGACUUCAACUCUAAGUGCAUAUCAAAAAGCGAUUGUGAAGAUUCCAAUUCAAAUUCUAAAACAGACCCUGAUACCAUUUUUGAAAAGGAAAGGAGUUUAGAAAGUGUACCUGUUCUGAAUGAAAAAACUGAAUGCUCAGCCAAAGAAAUUCAGCCUGUGACAGAGUCUGAUUUUAAUUCCAACUGUGUUGAUGUAUCAACUGCUACAAAACCUUCUGAAAGUAGUGCUGAUUCAUCUGCACCCAAGUCAUUAUCUAAUGAUGAAUCAGAAAAUAAUAAAAUUGAAAGAAGCAUAGAAUCAGAAAAUGAAGUAUUUGUUGAUGACUUUGAAGAGCUUGAUACACAGUCGAAGGUUUUUUGCUCUAAUGCACAAAAAACAUCAAAUGCAGUUUCUGCUUUGAAUACCAUGUCAUCAUCUUUGAAAUCGAGUAGCAAUGUUGAAAAAUCUAAUGGCAAUUCAAAGAAAUCAAGCUGUGCUUCAAGGAAAUCUGGCAUUCAUUUAGUUAAGCUGAGUAAUGCUGCUGACAAAUUACAUUCUGUGAUAGAGAAAUCAACUAUUUUUAAUGGCACUAAGAAAUUGGAUAUUAAUAAUGACACCAAAAAGUUAAAGUCUGAUGGUGCAGAGAAAUCAAAUGUUAGCUGUGAUCCAACUAAAUCAGUAGCUGUGAACUGCAGAGAAAAAAUAACAGUUUGUGAAAGUACUAAGAAAUUAAAUAAUACAAAUAAAAUAGAAAGUUUGAAAUGUAAUAAUGAUGUUGAUAAGUCGAGCAUUAGUUGUGAUCCAGCAAAGUCGAGUGUUCCAAGUUGUAUGGAAGAGUCAGUUUGUGACAAAUUAAGAACUAAAAAAUCAAAAAUUCCUCCUCAUUCACAGGAAUCUGUCAUUAGUACACAAAAUUUAAAAAGUGCUUGUGUUGCAGAGAAGUCAGGUAUAGAAAAACUGAAAAAUUUAGAGAAAUUCAAGACUGACCUAUGUAGUUUGAAACUUAAUACUAGUAUUGAUAAAGAUGGAAAAAACCAUAAUGGUAUAGAUAAAUCCAAUCAUAUCAAAACAGAUAAACUGAAUUCUGGCAGUAAUACUGCAGAGAUGCUUAUUGAUAAUAAGAAAAUACCUACAGCUGAAUCUGAAAGUAAAGAAGGAAUUUCUGUGGCUGUCAAUGAAGAGAAACUUAAUGUAAAUGCAGAGGAGAGUGACACAAAGAAACCAAAAAAUGUUAUUCGCCGCAAGAAAAAGAGAGCGACUGCAAAAAUUGUUAGUAUGGAAAUUACUAAUGACAAAAAUAACUUUCCUGAAAAUCAAAAAGAGACUGCAAUUUCUUCUCCUCAAAUCAAUGAAGAAUCAUUGAACAUAGUCUUUCAAUCUCAAUCUUUGAAAAGCAAGGACUUCUCAAACAAUGUGAAAACUUCAAAUAUCACUGAAAAAGUUGUAUUGAAUGAUGUACCUCCUGUAGAAAAAAUUGCUGAACAAAUGGAGAAAUUGAUUCUUCAACAAUUAGAAGAGGAAGAACGUGCUAAAGAAUUAUCAUCAAAGUUACCAACAUCAGAUUUGUUUGGAUCUCCAGAACAUAAUCUUAUUGCUCCACCAAAAUUGGUAGAACCACCCAAAGAAAAACCACCCCCACCUCCUGUUGUUGAAAUUGAGGCCCCUAAGGCAAUUCCUUUGAAACGUGUCAAUUCCACCAAGCGUAUAAAAAAAGAGAUUCACAAGAGAAUGUCUAAUUUUUUGGGAAUAGAAGCAGCUGAUAAUGGCAUUUGUGAUGAAAAUUCUGUGCCUCCUCCACCUGCCUUAGAACAGAUUUUGAAAGUGGAAGUAGAACUGGAAAAGGAAAACAGGAAAAGGGUGGAAAUUGCUGCAGAUGAAAGGUUGAGACUGGAAGAAACCAAAAUUAUUGAAAAGGAGCAAGAAAUUAUUGCUAAUCUUGAGACAGAAGAAAGGCAGAGGGAACUGUUAAAUAAUGCUGAAAUCUGUGACUUUAUGCAAGAUGAAGAUAGAAUACAGAAAUUAAAGAAAGAAAGAAAGAAGAUGGAGAGUGAAAAACUUUUGGCAGAAACUCAAAAAUUAAGACAAGAAGAAGAGAAACAAUUACGAGAACGGGAAAAAUUCAUCCGACUACAGGAGGCAAAUAAUGCAUCCUCGGCUGAAAUCUCUGCAUCUGUGCUUUCUGAUGCUGAAAAAUUCUCUAAUAAUGCCUCUAAUGCUUCUUCUCUCUGUCUUGAUACAAAGCAUAAUGUAUCAUUUUCUAGUUUUGGUGGUGAAGGGAAAACUAUUUCAAAUUCUUCUUCUCAGCCAGUAGAUUUCAAGACUGAAAAACUUGUACCUGAUAAACCGGAAGUACCUCCAAAGCCUUUGAAAAAGAAGGAGGCUAUUCGUAAAGAAAGGGAUAGACUAAGGCAAGAGCAGGAAGCCUUACAGAAGGAGCGAGAAGAGCAUCGAUUGAAACUUUUAAAGGAACAAGAUGAAAUCUUGAAAAACCAUCCAAAACCCUAUGCUCCAAAUGCACCUGCAACCAGGUUAGGUCCCAUUCCCCCUCUUAAACCUUCUUACAACCCCCAACUAACCAAUCGUAUUGGUCCCCAACCUAGUACCAGAGAAAAUGUCGUCUAUACUAGUCAGAAUUAUCCAAGUGCUCAAAAUGGCAUUUCUGGAAACAGUGGUUGUGUUGAACCUGUUUUGAAUAAACAAAGCAAGCCAAUCUCUUCUCAUAAAAAAGCUGUACAAAAUGAUGCAUGGGCUCAACAGAAGGUGUCUCCCAUCAAAAAGCAAUCCCUUGAAUCGUCACCUGAAAGCAAAUACAAUCAGAAUCACUGGCUCAUUCAGGAAGCUGAGAUGCGAAGGAUAGCUGAACUGAAGGAGCGACAACUUUCUGUGCUACACCCUAUCCCUCAAACACAUCUUGCAGAAGAUGAUGUUUGCAGUACAUUACCUAGAGCACCUCCAGCAAUACUGAUGAAUCCUCCCUUGCAGGAAAGAAUGUGGAGCUAUGGACAUUCAAAUAGGCCAGUGAAAAAAUAUACGCCUCCUGUAAAUGCUGAGAAGCCUGUUGGACAAUAUCCUAUGCCACCACAGCCUCCUGCUAAACCAUCUAGAGUUGUGCCAAUGGAAAGACCAGAACAUAUGCUGUCUGUCAGUGGACGCAAAAGGUGUUCACAUUGCAGUGAGGAAUUAGGUCGUGGAGCUGCUAUGAUUAUUGAAUCACUACAGUUGUAUUAUCAUAUUCAUUGCUUCCAGUGCUGUGUUUGUCAAGCUCAGUUAGGCAAUGGAUCCUGUGGAACAGAUGUUCGAGUAAGGAAUAAUAAGCUUCACUGCCACAACUGUUACAGUAAUGAUGAAGCCGGUUUGAAAUUCAGCCAGGUAUGAAGACAGCAUAUAUACAGUAAUUAGCAUGAAAAUUGUUAUAUUAUUACAAAAGAAACUUGCUUCUCAGGCUUGUAUAUUUGUUCAGAAUUAUUUUACAAAUGAUGUAUUUAUUAAACAACUUUAUUAAUUCUGCUCACAAUACUCUUAUUUUUCUUAUUCAUCCAAAGUUCAUAAAGUAUUGUAUUGUACAAGAAUUAUUUGAAAUUCAAUUAGGCUAAGGAUAUUUUUAAGUCCUAGUGAUGUUAAUUACUUUAAAAAUACGGAAAAUGUUUGUUGUUAUUCUAUCUGUUACUGUUAUUAUCAUUCAUAACGUUUUUGUUAUUUCUUCAAGAGUUAAAACAAGAAGUCUUCCUUUUUGUGUAAUAUUGCAGAUCAGUAGGGUAUUAACUUGUAAUAUUUUCUUGUUGUUAGUAAUGAAGCCAAAACUAUAAAUAUACAACAGGGACUGUGAUAUAUUCUGUAAGCGAUAUGUACGAAACAAUAAUUAAUAGUAUUUUCUGGUAUUAACUUUUUGACAUAAUUGAAAAGCAGAGCAUUUUGUAGAUUUGUAAAUAUGUAUUUAAUAAAAGUAUUGUAAAGUCUCAGUUUCGAUUUUGAAUGUGUAUAGCCUUGAAAAUAAUCAUAGUGUAAGUAUUCAAUGAAGAAUUUUUUUCUUUCUAAAGCUGGAUAAUUGUUUCUUAUCCAAUGGAACAGUUGACUACACAGUUCAGUUAUCUGAUUUCCUGAAUAUAGUUUGAAAUCCACACUCUCAGUGCUUUCUCAAAGUUAUCCAAAUGUCUGUGAUUUAAAGUUCCUGUUCAUCAAAAUAGACAUACUUAAUCAUUGUGUAUUGCAUAAAUAAUCUGAAAAAUAUAUUUUAUAUUCUUUAUGUAAUAUUGUUAAUCUUCCUGCAUGAGAUAAUUUGUAAAUAAAGGAUUUUAGCUGAAAAA